AUGGCGGAGGAAGCAGAAAGAGGAGUGGGGGAAUUUGGCCCCCCAGUGGCAACUCCCUCAGCGAUCCGACGUCCUGCUAUUGCAGCCAACAAUUUUGAGAUCAAACCAGCCAUGAUCACCAUGCUGCAAAAUUCAUCCGUAUUUUGUGGUCUACCGAAUGAAGAUCCCAACAUCCAUCUUGCAAUAUUUUUGGAGAUUUGUGAUACGUCCAAGUUCAAUGGGGUAACUGACGAUGCGAUCCGUUUAAGGCUAUUCCCCUUCUCUUUGAAGGAUAAAGCCAAGCUUUGGUUACUGUCACAGCCACAAGACUCCAUCCCCUGGGAACGAUUCAAAGAUUUAUUGCGCAAGUGUCCUCACCAUGAGCUACCAACCUGGAUUCAAGUUCAGACUUUCUACAAUGGGUUGAGUCAAACAAGCAGGACACUAGUUGAUGCAGCUGCUGGAGGGGCUUUAAUGACAAAAACGGCUACCGAAGCAUUUGAAUUAUUGGAGACCAUGGCAUCCAACAACUACCAAUGGCCGAGUGAGAGAAUGAAUUUGAAACCAGCUGGGGUCUUGGAAGUCGAUGCUAUGGCUUUGCUAACAGCACAAAUUUCUAACCUUACUAAAAAAGUUGAUUCUUUAAGUGUUAAUGCUAUAAACACUAGUACUAAUUUUGGUUGUGAACUUUGUGCAGGCCCUCAUCCAAGUUCAGAGUGUACCAAAGGGAACCCAUUUGCGUCCGCUGAGCAAGUCAAUCAGGUUGGAGAAUUUAAUCGACAACGGAAUAAUCCUUAUUCCAAUACAUACAACCCCGGUUGGCGAAACCAUCCAAAUUUUUCAUGGAGCAACACUCAGAAUGUGCAGAGACCACCACCUGGUUUUCCGGCUGAAGAGAAGAAAAUAAAUUUGGAAGAUACGCUUACUCAGUUGACUAUGUCUACCACCCAAUUCAUGACUGAAACAAAAACCCAAUUUCAGAAUCAGCAAGCUUCUAUUCAGAAUUUGGAAGUGCAAGUUGGCCAAUUAGCUAAUGUUAUAAGUGGAAGAAACCAAGGAGUAUUUCCAAGCCAACCUGAAGUUAACCCGAAAAAUCAAGAACAAGCAAAAGUAAUCACUCUUCGUAAAGGGAAGCAAGUAAAUACAGCAGUCGACUUGGAACAAGAAGCAUUAGAGAAAGAAAAAGAAGCUAAGAAGUCUGCAGCGGAAAUGGGGCAUGCAUCUUCACCACCAAUCACCACCACAGAAAAAUCCCAAGAAGAAGAAAAUUCUAUACCAAUUCCUUCUCCUCAACUGAAGCCAUAUGUCCCACAAAUCCCUUUUCCGCAGAGGUUGAGAAAAAAUAAAGUUGAUGAGCAGUUUGCAAAAUUCUUGGAGAUGUUCAGAAAGUUACAGAUCAACAUUCCUUUUGCUGAAGCUUUGGAACAAAUGCCAAGUUAUGCAAAAUUCAUGAAAGACAUUCUCUCCAAGAAGAGGAAAUUUGGAGAGCACGAGAAAAUCCAAUUGACAGAAGAGUGCAGCGCCAUCCUACAACGGAAGCUUCCACCAAAACAAAAAGAUAGAGGGAGUUUUAAAAUUCCAUGCACUAUUGGAAAUAAUUUCUUUGAAAGAGCUUUAUGUGAUUUGGGUUCUAGCAUUAACUUACUACCUUUAUCUGUUGCUAAAAAGAUUGGUAUUGGUGAAAUUAAACCCACUACUGUUUCUUUGCAGAUGGCGGACAGGUCAAUCACAUACCCAGAUGGAAUUAUAGAAGAUGUUCUAGUAAAGGUUGAUACACUCAUAUUUCCGGCGGAUUUUCUGGUUUUGGAUAUGGAAGAAGAUUCUGACACGCAGCUAAUUUUGGGCCGCCCAUUCUUGAUUACUUCACGCACUCUGAUUGACGUAGAAGAAGGGUUACUAACUUUGAGAGUUGGGAAUGAAAAGCAACAUUCAAAGUUUUUGAAGCAAUUAAAUUUCCAAGAGAAGCGGAGGAUUGUUUUCACAUGGAAUUAA